AUGGUAUUUUAUUUUAUUAUUCCCAAGGUCGAAAAACGAAUAGGGGAAAUAUUCAACGAAUUUGGAAGAAUUGAUAUUCUUGUCUAUGCUUCUGGAAUUUUUACUUACUCUUUAAUAAAAAAUAAAUUCUUCGACGAUUGGCAUAAAAUGAUUGCAACGAAUUGUCAGGGGGUAGUAAAUGUUAUUGGAUCAGUAUACGCUGAAAUGCGGUCAAAAAAUCAAACUGGUCAUAUUGUAGUCAUCAGUUCUGAUGCAGGUCGUGUUCCUUUUCCUGGACUUGCUGUUUAUUGUGGAACUAAAUUUUUUGUCGAGGGUUUUCUAAGAUCUCUUCGUCUGGAAUCCAAACCUAACGAAAUUGUUAUUACCUCAAUUCAACCAGGAGGUUUUGCAGCUCCCGUUCAACAAUGGACAACAGAUACUGAGGCAGCACAACUCUUUCCUCCUCCCCAUCGUCCACCCGAGGAGUGUCGAAAGGCGUGGGAGGCCGUGUUGAAGUAUGAGCAAGUAGCCGAAGCGGUAUUUUUUGCCGUAUCUCAGCCAAAAGGUACCGCGAUUAAUGAGGUAAUGGUUGAGCCCAUCACUGGCCCGGUUUAG